CACCGGAAUUUUCUGAACAAUUGGAGGCAUAUUUAAAAUUCCAUCGUAUAAAAUUCUUUGAUUACUCGCAAUAUAGUGAUAUCAAACGUAUUGGUGAAGGAGGGUACGCAGUCGUUUAUUCUGCAACAUUUGAUGGACAGACUUAUGCAUUAAAAAGUCUAAAUAAUAAUUUGCGAUUCGAAGAUAAAGAGUUCAGACAAUUUAAGCGUGAGGUUAUGUGUCUUUAUACGAUUGAUAAUCAUCAAAAUCUUAUCAAAUUCUAUGGAAUCGCUAGAG